UUAUUCCAUGGACUCAAGCAACCCAAAGGUCAUCACAUGCAAAGCUGCAGUAGUAUGGAAGGAAGGGGAGAUGAUAAAGAUCGAAGAGAUACAAGUGGAUCCACCUAAAUCAAAUGAAGUUCGAAUUAAGAUGCUCUUUGCCAGUUUGUGCCACACUGACAUUCUCGCUUCCAAUGGCUAUCCCAUUCCUUUAUUUCCUCGAGUUCUUGGACAUGAAGGAGUUGGCAUGAUAGAAAGUGUGGGAGAAAAUGUGACAAAUCUAAAAGAAGGAGAUAUAGUGAUGCCACUUUACUUAGGAGAAUGCAAAGAAUGCCCAAAUUGCAAGUCAGGGAAGUCCAAUUUAUGUCACAAAUAUCACUUGACCCUUUCUGGUCUAAUGUUGGAUGACACAUCAAGAAUGUCAAUUCAUGGAGGACAAGUAUUAUACCAAAUUUUUACUUGCGCCACGUGGUCGGAAUAUACAGUUAUUAAUGCUAACUAUGUAAUCAAAAUUGAUCCUCAGAAGAUUCCGCUUCAACAUGCUAGCUUGCUUUGUUGUGGAUUUACAACAGGUUAUGGAGCAACAUGGAGAGAAGUUCAUGUUGAAAAGGGAUCAACUGUUGCUGUACUAGGUCUUGGUGCUGUUGGACUUGGAGCGAUUGAGGGAGCUCGAAGUCAAGGGGCAUCGAAAAUAAUUGGUGUUGAUAUAAAUGAAUCGAAACGGGGAAAAGGAGAAGUGUUUGGAAUGACGGACUUCAUUAACCCUAAAGAAUCCAGGACAUCAGUUUCCGAGAUGAUAAAAGAUGUUACCGAAGGCUUAGGUGUUGAUUACGUUUUCGAAUGUACUGGGAUUCCAUCCAUGCUUAAUGAAGCCAUUGAAGCCUCAAAAUUGGGAAUUGGAACAAUUGUUGUAAUUGGUGCAGGACAUGGACUUACUAGGGAAUUCAACUUAAUUCCCUUAUUAUGUGGUAGAACAUUGAAAGGUUCAGUCUAUGGUGGAAUAAGACUUCACUCAGAUCUUCCUGCUCUACUUCAUAGAUGCGCAAAUAAGGAGAUUCAACUAGAUGAGCUUAUAACUCAUCAAGUUUCGUUGACUGAAAUCAACCAAUCAUUUGAGUUAAUGAAAGAUCCACAUUGUGUCAAGAUUAUUAUCAAGUUCUAAGAAAUUAAAUCAAUUUUAUCACAGAUUGAAGACUUUAAUAUCAAAAAUAACAAUGCAGAGUUAAAUUAUUUACUCAAUUCUGAAAUUGGUUUAAUUCAUGCACCAUACGUUGUAUGUGUAUGAUAAGCAAAUAAACAUUGUAUUGUAUUGUAUUGUAUUGUUUUGUUAUAAAUAAAUGUGCAUGGCCAUAUGGCUCAUAUUCAAUGCUAUUGC